AUGAAGAUCCAGCUGCUAGUCUCUACAGGGAUUCUGCUGGUGGCCCUCCUGCCCUGCCAUGAGUGUAGAGCCCUGAGCAAGAGCUCCUCAGCAGCUCCCGCCGCCGACAGCGCACUGCAGCGGCCAGAUUUUGCAGAGCAUCCACAGCCCAUCUUGCUUCGCAUGGGGGAAGAGUAUUUUCUGCGCCUGGGCAACCUGCACAAGAAUCCUGCCACCUCCUUCGCCUCAGCGUCCAGCACCAGCAACAGCCACCUCGCAGCAUCGGCAUCGGCUGGUAACUUUUUCCGAGCAGCGGUUCAGCAGCUGCAGCAUCUUCAAGAGCGCUCGCUAGAGGGCGCCGCCGACUCCUGGGAAGGCGAAGACGGCGGCGCCCACCUGGAAGCCGAGAAACGGUCCGAGGAGCCGCCGAUCUCCUUGGACCUGACUUUCCAUCUCCUCCGGGAAGUCUUGGAAAUGGCCCGAGCGGAACAGUUGGCUCAGCAGGCUCACAGCAACAGGAAACUGAUGGAAAUCAUCGGGAAAUGA